CACCCUCCCGUUGACAUUACGCACCGCCGUUGCUCUUAUUCAAUAACACUUCUUGGCGCAACGCGAUGAACUUCAGGGGACGAAAUUAAGCAAAAAAGGUUGUGUAUUUUGGACUGAAAGACGGCACGCGGCACGGGGAGGAUGUCUCAGCUGCUGAGGCUUCUCUCGGCGGCCGGCCUACCUCUCUGCCGGGCUGGAGGAGCCCGGGCUCGGCUGUCUGCGGUAGCCGCACGACGGCUCUUCAUAGCCGGGUACAGAAGCUCGGCAGCCCCGAACGCCAGUCGGACUCCGGCCAACGUCUUCUCCUGGCGCAGGUUCCAGUCGGCUCAGCGCCGGCUCUACGCCACCGAACCCAAAGAUGGAAAAGGAGGAGCAGAGGAGGGAGGAGGAGGAUCCUCAGGUGGAGGGAAGAGAAGGAAAGACUGGUGGAGCCGAAUGCAAAAGGUCUCGUCCCCCUGGGACGAGAAGGAUUUCCGUUACCUGGCGAUCACCGUUGCCGGGGCCAGUUCGGCGCUGCUGUAUUUCUACUUCAGAGACAACGGGCGAGAGAUCAGCUGGAAGGACUUCGUCCACCGCUACGUGGGCCGGGGAAUGGUGGAGCGGUUAGAGGUCGUCAACAAACAGUACGUCCGAGUUAUCCUGGUGCCGGGCGCCGACGCCGACGCGAGCUACGUCUGGUUCAAAACUCGGCACGUGGACACUUUUGAGAGAAACCUUGAGGCGGCGCAUAGGAGCGCGGCUGGAGCCGUCCGCCGCCCGCCGGUCGUCUGCACCGAGAGCGACGGCUCCUUCCUGAUGAGCAUGAUACCGACCCUGCUGCUCAUCAGCUUCCUGCUCUUCACUCUGCGGCGAGGACCAAUGGGAGGAGGCCCUGGCGGCGGAAGGGGCGGGCCCUUCAGCAUGAGCGAGUCGACGGCGAAGAUGAUGAAGGACAACAUCGAGGUGAAGUUCAAGGACGUGGCCGGCUGCGAGGAGGCGAAGCUGGAGAUCCUCGAGUUCGUCAACUUCCUGAAGAACCCGAAACAGUACCAGGACCUCGGGGCCAAGAUCCCCAAAGGUGCCGUGCUGUCCGGACCCCCCGGGACGGGGAAGACUCUUCUGGCCAAGGCCACCGCCGGCGAGGCCAACGUCCCCUUCAUCACCGUCAACGGCUCCGAGUUCCUGGAGAUGUUCGUGGGCGUCGGUCCCGCCCGGGUGAGGGACAUGUUCGCCAUGGCGAGGAAGAACGCUCCCUGCAUCCUCUUCAUCGACGAGAUCGACGCCGUGGGGAGGAAGCGGGGGGGCGGCAACUUUGGCGGCCAGAGCGAGCAGGAGAACACGCUGAACCAGCUCCUGGUGGAGAUGGACGGAGCUGGUUCAGCGUGUUCUCCUGCUCGAUCUGCGCCAAAGUUCCGCCAGACCCCCUCUUCCUCCCCACGGCUCAUCGCGAUCUCGAGUGAGAGAUGCAGGACCGUUCUUUCCUCGCCACUGGCGCGAACAUGUCCCUCACCUGCAGAGAAGAACACCAACACAGCAUCCGACAAGAUCCGAGAGAUCGCAGCGUGGCAGAGCAAGGUGGCCUCUGCAAGACGAGAGACGCCGAGGAUCUACGAGAGGAGUAACCCCCCUUCAUCCUCACCCCAACCACCAAACAAGAGAGACUACGACAACCAUCACGCCCCUUCGCUCCCCCCUGCAGAGCAGCACCAGCAACACCACCCCCAGAGCGAGAGACCGAGACAGAGGCUUUUCUUUCCUUCCCGUUUCCUCUUAGGUCCGCCGGACAUUAAGGGCCGAGCGUCCAUCUUUAAAGUCCACCUGCGACCAAUCAAACUGGACCCCAACAUGGACAAAGACAUUCUCGCCAGGAAGAUGGCCGCUGCCACGCCGGGGUUCACCGGAGCCGACAUCGCCAACGUCUGCAACGAGGCGGCGCUGAUCGCCGCCCGGCACCUGAACGCAUCGGUCGCCGGGAAACACUUCGAACAGGCCAUCGACCGCGUCAUCGGAGGUCUGGAGAAGAAGACUCAGGUGCUGCAGCCGGCGGAGAAGAAGACGGUGGCGUACCACGAGGCGGGGCACGCCAUCGUGGGCUGGUUCCUGCAGCACGCCGACCCGCUGCUCAAGGUACGGGGCGGGAGAAGACGUCAAAAAGACGUGGAGCGGUUAGAGGUAGUAACAAAGCAGUCGUCCGAGAUCCUGGUGCCGGUGCGGCCGAAGCCGACGCGCUCCUUCCUGAUGAGCAUGAUAUCCGACCCUGCUGUCAUAGCUUCCUGCUCUUCACUCUGCGCGCGAGGACCAAUGGGAGGGAUGCCCUGGCGGCGGAAGGGGGGGCCUCAGCAUGAGCGGAGUGUCGACGGGCGAAGAGGAUUGAAGGCAACAUCGAUGGUGAAGUCAAGGACGUGGCCGGACUGCGAGGAGGCGAAGCGGGAGAUCCCGAGUUCGUCAAGUCUUCCUAAGAACCCGAAACAGGUGCCGUGCCUGUCCGGACCCCCGGGUACGGGGAAGACUCUUCUGGCCAAGGCCACCGCCGUGCGAGGCCACGAUUCCUUCAUCACCGUUCAACGCGGCUCCGAGUUUCCUGGAGAUGUUCGUGGGCGGUCCGUCUCGGACAUGAAGGGCCGAGCGCGCAUCUUUAAAGUCCACCUGACGACCCAAUCAAAACUGGACCCCAACCAUGGACAAAGACAUUUCUCGCCAGGAAGAUGGCACGCUGCCACGCCGGGGUUCCACCGGUACGUUCCCGCCGCAUGUCGUCACUGUUUCCAUCUGGAGGCUCUGUUAGGAGUCCGACAUCGCCAACGUCUGCAACGAGCGGCGGCGCUGAUCGCCGCCCGGCACCUGAACCAGCGCACCUCGUCGCGGGGGAAACACUUCGAACAGGCCAUCGACCGCGUCAUCGGAGGGAGUGUGGAGCCUUCGUUUGAAACAAAAAUUUCUUCUGGCCGCGGCGAGUAUGACGACGUGUGCUGCGUGGUGCAGUUUGGGAUGAGUGAGAAGGUGGGGCAGGUAUCGUUUGAGCUGCCCCGGCAGGGCGAGAUGGUGCUGGAGAAGCCGUACAGCGAGGCCACGUCGGAGCUCAUCGACCAGGAGGUCCGGGAGCUGGUGGAGCGGGCGUACCAGAGAACCCUGGAGCUCAUCCAGGACAAGAAGGAGCUGGUGGAGAUGGUGGGGAAGCGUCUCCUGGAGAAGGAAGUCCUGGACAAGGCGGACAUGUUGGAGCUGCUGGGCCCGCGGCCGUUCGAGGAGAAGUCCACGUACGAGGAGUUUGUGGAGGGGACGGGCAGCUUCGAGGAGGACACCAGCCUGCCGGAGGGACUCAAAGACUGGAACCAGGAGAGAGGGGGGGAGGGGGAGGACGCGGCGGGCCCGACUCCGGAGAAACAGCUGGCCGCGUAGAGCCGCCGGGACACGCGGAUCAGAACCAAACAGAUAAAACAACAACUCAAGACUGACUUUUACAGCCUUGGAUGGUCAAUUAUUCCCAAAAUUCAUUUGACUUUGUUUCCCGACGACUGAAUCCAUCACAGAAAAGUUGUCCAUUUCAUCCAAUUUGUCCCCACAACGCUCACUGUGGACCCUCUGAAUCUUAAUUCUGGGCCGACACGCGUGGACAUAUUUAGAGUUUUGAUUGUUUCUGUUUCAGACACAUGGACACAGGAGAAGGAAAGGGAUGAAUAAAGUAAUUUAAGGACACAAAUGAUUGAUUUAAAGGACACAAAUGAAGUUGUUGAAGUCUCUAAAUG